UCCUAACUAUGACAUCUCUCAAGUUCCAGAAUUCUCGUCUCUCAUUGCUAAAGAUUCAUAUUCUCAAUCUCUACAUAAUAAUUUUGUCACUUCCUAUCAGUCCAAAUGCCUCUGCCUCCUCAUUGAAUUUCAAAUUUACCAGCUUUAGUUCAAGUGAUCCUCAAAUAUUCACAGAAGAAGAUGCGAAUGUGACCAAUGGAGAGAUUGAGCUCAUCUCAAUGCAGCUUGGCAAGGAAACAGGUGCGAAAUUUGGUCGAGCCACAUAUGCAGAACCAUUGCAUCUUUUUGACAAAGCCUCAGGAAGUCUUACCAACUUCACUACCUAUUUCUCCUUUGUCAUCGAUUCAAGAGGCUUCCCCAAAUAUGGUGAUGGGAUAACAUUUUUCCUGGCUCCGAAUGGCUCACGAAUGCCUCCUAACGUGACAGGUGGUGGCGGUAUUGGUCUGGUCAGAAGUAAUAGUCGAGCAAUAAACCCUAAAGUAAAUAAAUUCGUUGCAGUGGAGUUCGAUACCUACCAUAAUGAUUGGGAUCCGCCAUAUGAUCACAUUGGUUUCAACGUCAACUCCAUGAUAUCUAUAGUGAACAGGACUUGGCGCAGUGGAGCAACAACAGGGAGUAAAACAGUUGUUCGGAUUACAUAUGAUUCAAGCCAGAAAGUGUUAAAAGUCAAGUUCAGCUUUAUUGAUCGCGACAAUAAGACAAUUAAGAAUGGCUACAUUUCAGCUGAAAUUGAUUUGGCCGUGUAUUUGCCUGAAUGGGUGACUUUCGGCUUCUCUUCCAGCACAGGAAAUCCUGGUCAAGGAAAUAGAAUCACCUCAUGGGAGUUCAUUUCAAGUUCAAGAAUUGUUGAAAAUGGUGAUCGUUCCCCUCCUCCAUGGGCUGAUGUGGGCUUCCCGAAUGCUGAAGGUCCAUCAGAUCCUCUUGUUCAGAAACAAAGAAGAGAUAAAAUUGGACCGGUGACUGGCUUGAUUGUUGGAGCAUGUGCUUCGAUUGUACUCGUAGGUUUUAUUUCAUUUCGUUUGAAGAUAAAGAAGGGGAAGGAGAAAGUAACAGAUGAUCCUCUUAUCAAUGUGUCCUUCGGUGAUGAUUUCAGAAACGGAGCAUGGCCUAGGAACUUUUCAUAUCAGGAAUUGGCUUAUGCGACGAGUAAUUUUUCAGAGACGGUGAAGCUUGGAGAAGGAGGCUUUGGUGCUGUUUAUAAAGGUUUUCUUAAGGACCUGAACUACUUUAUAGCUGUUAAGAGGGUAUCAAAGGUGUCUCAGCAAGGUAUUAAGGAGUACGGGUCAGAAGUGAAGGUAAUUAGCCAGUUGAGACACAGAAAUUUGGUGAAGCUUGUUGGUUGGUGCCAUGAAAAAGAGCUUUUACUUGCAUAUGAGUUCAUGCCUAAUGGUAGCCUAGAAUCCCACUUGUUCAAAGGGAAAAGCUUGUUGACAUGGGAUUUGAGGUACAAAAUUGCUCAAGGGUUGGCCUCCGCGUUACUUUAUCUGCAUCAAGAAGGUGAUCAAUGUGUGCUGCAUAGAGAUAUCAAAUCAAGCAACAUCUUGUUAGAUUCUAGCUUCAAUGCUAAACUUGGGGAUUUUGGGUUAGCUAGGCUUGUCGACCAUGGAAAAGGAUCUCAAAUCACAAUUCCAGCAGGAACCGUAGGCUACAUGGCUAUGGAAUGUUUUACAUCAGGGAAGGCUAGCAAAGAAUCUGAUAUAUACAGUUUUGGUGUUGUUGCUUUGGAAAUAGCCUGUGGAAGAAGAGCUCUGGAAUCAAAACUCGAAGAAGGCCAAAUGAAAAUAGUUGAAUGGGUUUGGAAACUUUAUGGAAUGGGAAAACUACUCGAAGCAGCUGACCCAAAAUUGUGCAGAGAUUUUGAUGAACAGCAAAUGGAGCGAUUGAUGAUUAUUGGUCUCUGGUGUGCUCAUCCUGACCCUGUAUUUCGACCUUCAAUAUGGGAAGUUGCUAAUGUUCUACUUAAUUUUGAGGCUCUCCUGCCUAACCUUCCGUCAGAAAUGCCUCCGCUAGCCUAUCUUGCUUCUCCGAAACUAUCAGCCACAUUUUCUCACACUUCACCUGAUGUUUCUGCUACCGGCAAUGGACAGCAAACAACAUGAUUCAAGCUAA